AUGGCCGCCCGGCACCGUGAACGCCCGUCAUGGGCGGCGAGGGAGAGCUCCUGCUCGUCCGAGCCAUCCAUCGGGCGGAACGACCCGACAGAUCAUGAAUGGACAUGGUGCCGUGAGAAGAUUACAUGGCUGUACUGGGAGCAGAACCUCCCGGUCCAACAGGUACAGGAGAUUAUGAGGCGCGAACACGGCCUCGAAGCAACGCAGAAGAUGUACAAGUCGCGUUUCAGGAAGUGGGGCCUUCGGAAGAAUCUCCGAUCGUAUGAAGCCCGAGAAAUAGUAUCUGGCCAGGCGAAGAAGGCCCAAGACUUCUGGCCGGACUCGAGGCGGCGCGAAUAUGAACGCCGCAUCGCGCGCCACCUGGGAAGACAUGGCCGAAAACAUCCACGUGGCCAGCAAGACCAUCCAGGGCCUAGAGGCAGGUCCCUUGUGAGGCAGCAGCAAGUCUCGGUUGUUCCGGCUCGGCUCAAGGCGCCCGGCAAUCUCGAGACACUUGAGAAAAGCAUCUACGACGUCGACGUUUACAUGCACUUUACCAUGGAUCCGAACAAAACCUGGUUGGCCAACAGAGCAGAACUCGGGGAACAUGAUCAAUUCUUUCCCUUGUUCAUCGGAGGUCUAGAAAAUCUCUCCCGUGAUCUCGAGCCACAAAAGGCCUUCGCGGACAUCGGCGAGGCAUUCGACCACUUGAGAGCGCUCGUCAGCUUCGAUGACCCGGCCGUCUACCACAGACUCGUAGCCCGCUUCUCCUCGUUCAAACAGUACCCGAGCUCCGAGAUCUGUUUCAAGGUGUGUUGCCUGCUUAUUCGGUACCUCAGUGCUCUGUACCGCGAGCUCCACGGCCCGUCGCACCCCCUAGACGGCGUGUGGCCGUCUCACAUCGACGUGUUGGAGUCCCGACAAGGGUCGGAUUUCUUCGAGCGCUACCUCGAGUCGUACAGAGCUCUGGGGGCGAAGCUCUACGCCAGCAGCAAUUGCCUCGACAUCGGCGCGCUAGACCUGUCCAAGUACAUUCCCAGCAGGGUGAGGGAGUGGGACGAAGAAGCCCUGCAGCGGGGUCUUGCCGAGACGCUGUCACAGCCCGCGCUACUCCCCGGCGCUCAAGAGAUCAGACUAGCCCUUGCAGAGCUCCUGCUGCAGCAAAAAAGGAGUGAGGAGGGCGCAUCCUGCCUGAGUGAGGCGGUUUCCUUGAGACACGUGGACGUAGAACCCGACGCGAUUAGAGUCUUCUGGAUGGCGGAGCUGGAGUGGAGAGCUGGCAACCCCGCUGACUGCGUUAUGCUGCUGAAAGAGUCGUUCGAGCUAGCCGAGUCCCAAGGAUUACCGACAGAGCUGGUCGGUACAGAGAAAUGUGGGCUGUCAAAGUUGAGCAUCCUACACACCCUAAUCUUCAGGUUGAACGUCCUUAAUCGACAGCAUGAGAUGGAACAGGCUUGGGCGAGGAUGGCGCCUCUGGUAGCUGCGCUUCGACAUAGGAAACCGCUCACACUCCACCUGACCAGUUCUGACUUCGAGUUGGAUAUCGAUACUAGAUUUGCCGCUAUGACGCUGGAAGAUAAAGACGGGCAAAAGAGCUCAUCAACAACCGCUACUGGUUCGGGAUUUGUCGUGUCUGAGGAAGAAUGA